AUGGGAAGCAUGAAACUGUCCUUCUCCUUCGCCAAGAAAGCUGAGCCGAAGCGAGUCGUUGCAGCCCUGUCUACCAAGCCCAAGGAAGAUGAAGGCAGAGAAAUCAUCACCUCACUGGAGGGCGGCGAAGUUCAGAUAGAUGGUGCGGCAGAGGCCGCAAAAGCCUUCACCAUCCCCUGCAAGAAUCCGCUGGAGGCCAGCAAACUCCGACUUCGAAACACGAAGCCGGCAGAAGCCGCGGAGGCUGCACCGAAAGAAUCCGAAGCUUCUGCUGCCAUCGAGGAUGGCAAGGGUGGGCUCGUUAUCCCAAACAUGCAGAAGCUGUCGGACGAUGAUGCCGAAGCCAUGCGGGAACUCCUGAAGGAGGCCGUACAUGGCGAAGGCGAGUCCGUCCGAGAGGUGGCACCGAUCCUCAUGCGGGAAAACUCCAAGAAAGCAAGAGAAGGCGGUGCAGAGGAUGUCACUCGCGACUCCUACGAGAGGGUCCCCGUGGAGGCGUUCGGCCUGGCCCUGCUCCGCGGCAUGGGUUACGACCCCGAGAAGCACAAGACAAAGCCCAUCUACCACGACAAGCAAAGAGAUAACCUUCUGGGCCUUGGAGCAUCGCCUUUGCUGCCCUCGGAGAAGAAGCCUCCACCAGGGAAGCGAAAGGGCCCCGAUGCCGCGGCGGCCGAGAAGAGGGCUCGACCGGACUCGGCGGGUGAGUCCCAAGGUGACAUUUGGCCCUGCCGGGGCCUCGUGGUCCGGAUCACCAGCCGCGCUGCGGAGCUCAAGGACUUCGUCGGCGUGGAUGGGGUCGUGCUUGAAGUUGACCCAGAGAGGCAGCGCUGCAAGGUCAAAGCGCGCAGUGCAGCGGCAAAGAAGAGCCAGGUUCUCCCCGACAUCCGCAUUGCUGACCUCGAGCCUCGUGUCAGCGGACAGUGCCAGGAGGUUCAGAUCAUACGGGGCCCCAAGAAAGGAGAGGUCGCCAAGCUCAUCAAGCGCGACGUCAACUCGGGAGAGGUCGAGGUGGAGAUUAAUGGGUCGAACCAGACGAUGCCAAUGCAGAGCGUGUGCCAGUUCAUGGCGUGA